AUGUUCGACCACCACACUUCUCCCGACAAAGAUGGCAACCUUUUUUCCGUCAUACUGGGUGUAGUUGUCACGUUGUCGACACUUUUCACAGCCCUGCUGUUGACGCUGCCCAGUCAGUAUGAUCCGUACAAGGAUAAGCCGCUUAGGUUCGUGGGUGAGGAUGGAAAGGAGAUCAAAAUGAAGACAAGAGAUGGGAAAGACCCAGUGAAAUGGAAGCAGGGCCGUUCUGUGCAGGUGGUGGUCUUGGGAGACAUUGGAAGAUCGCCGCGCAUGCAAUAUCACGCUCUCAGCAUCGCCAAGCACGGUGCAAAGGUGUUUCUCAUCGGCUAUCAAGAGUCGGACAUCCUUCCAGACAUCGUCUCAAAUCCGUUGAUUGAGAUCAUUCCACUCUCACCAGCACCAAGCUUCCUACGUUCGAGCAGCAAGCUUUUGUUUCCUGUCCUGGCACCUCUGAAGGUCCUCUGGCAAAUAUGGUCGUUAUACCGCGCGUUGGGUUACCGCUCUGAGCCCGCAAGAUGGGCGCUUGUGCAAAAUCCACCUUCGAUACCAACGCUCGCCAUAGCAAGCCUGGUAUGCUUCUUGCGACGUACUGACCUAGUCAUCGACUGGCACAACUUCGGGUACAGCAUUCUGGCUAUGAAACUUGGCGACAACCACCCCCUCGUGAAAGUUUCCGAGAAGUACGAGAAGAUAUUCGCCAAGGCUGCGUCUCAUCAUAUCACGGUGACCAAUGCGAUGGCCCGCGUACUCAAAGCCGACUAUGGCGUCACAGCAGAAGCACUCCACGAUCGUCCAGCCUCGAUAUUCCAACCGAUUGAACUCCUAGAGCGUGAGAAGUUCCUCGCAAGACUGCCAGAAACUGCAGAGUACGCCUCAGAUCUUUCUCCAACCUCGAAGACACCCUGGAAGCUCAUUGUGAGCGCCACGUCCUGGACCGCCGACGAGGACUUUUCGCUUCUUCUUUCCGCCCUGGUUGCUUAUUCUGCUGAAUGUACAUCCAAGUCCUAUCUUCCGAAGAUCAUUGCCAUCAUCACUGGAAAAGGGCCACAGAAAGAGUAUUACCUUUCCAAGAUCAGGGAACUCAACCAGGAGAAGAAGUUAUUGAAUGUCGUUGUCAAAACAGCAUGGCUCACACACUCUGAAUAUGCUCUCCUCCUUGCAUCCGCUGACCUUGGAGUCUCUCUGCAUACAUCCUCCUCCGGCGUUGACCUGCCCAUGAAGGUAGUCGAUAUGUUUGGCGCAGGCUUACCCGUUGUGGGCUGGGGAAAGUUCGAGGCCUGGCCUGAGCUUGUCAAACAAGGCGUCAACGGACUAGGCUUCCAGAGCUCUGAAGAGCUCGCUUUGCAUCUGGCUACGUUCUUCGGUAGUGAUACAAUAUUAAGAGAGACUCUGAAAGAGGGUGCACUCAAGGAGAGCGAACAUCGGUGGGAUGAAGAGUGGGAUAGUGUUGGUGGGAAGCUGUUCAAGCUCACAUAG